GAAGUGAACUUUCAGAACAUUCUUCAUGUUGGUCCUCCCGAUCCAGCGAAAUUCGAAUACUACAUAAACUGAACUCCAAUCGCAAUCAAACUUCAGUCGGAACAUCCAUCGCAACUGAACCUUAAGCCUUUUGUGAUACUGGUAGAAAAUAAAAGAUACAUUCGAGCCUAAAAGCUCAGACUCUAUCCAGAUUAAAAGAUAAGUUCGACUGUUGCCACGGAUUUAACCAUGGAUAAGGUUUUGGAAGUUGAGCGUGUAGAAGGUGGAAAGAGAGAAGAAUAAGAAGAGGAAAUAGAACAGAGGAAGAGAAGCAUAAAGUAGAAAAUUGUCAGUUUAGUGAGGAAAGACGGAAAUUGCUAGCUAGUUUCAACGUGGUUCAGCCGGAGAUAAAUUUACAGUUUUAAAUUGCAGUUAAUUGUAUCGUGAAUUGCUUUUUCUAAUAACGAUUUGAUUCACCGUGAUUGUUACGAACAAAAUCGUAAGUACCACAAAAUGAGCUGUUAGGGAAUCUUGUAUGAGCCUCUUUUUACGAUUCUAGGUUACGUUGCGUGUUGGCAAUAUCACGUUGUUUUACAGAAGCUGUAAAUUACAGAAAUUGAACCAAUUGUAAGUUACGACUUGCUAAAAAUAAUCUCCUCUUGUUAAAUAUAGCGUUUAUGAUUCUAGGGUAGCAAGAAUAGGAGCAAACCACCUCACGCUAAAUUAGUUGUUGUUCGCCAAGAAUCUUAAGUUGCCACUGAAAUUUGUGAGUACAGAAACUUCUUUAUUAUAAAAAAUGUAUCUAAACAUUACAUCGCUUUUACAGCUUUAUAGCAUAAUAAAACUAUCGCUAACGGAACGGUGGUUUUACUUUUUUGGCGGCAACAAACUAUAAAGAAAUUUCAUCAUUCGGAUUCGGGAGGAGCAAAAUGUCCUGCAAUCGAAUCGCAAACGAUGAAAACAAUGAGAUGCAACAUAAUUGCAUGAUGUGCUCGAAACCUGACGAAGAGCAGACCAUGGUGGCCUGUGACGUGUGUUCCAGGUGGGGACAUUUUUCGUGCGUCGGAGUGGACUCAUCAAUAAAGGAUCACCCAUGGACGUGCGCGGAUUGUAGCGCUGCAGCUAAACGAGGACCGUCCUCUCGUUCGAGUAAGUCCGGGACGUCGUCAGCUUCACGUCUUACUCUUCGGAUGAGAAAGCUGGAUGAGGAAAAGGACGUGCAAAUGCAAAUACUGGCCGAAAAAGAAAAAGUGCAGCUAAGUAACGUCGCCAAAAAAUAUGCUUUGCUGGCACAAGAAGCUGCGGCUGAAGACGGUGAUGUGAGUGUUCGGAGUAGGAGAAGCUUGAAAAGCACCGACAGUAAGGUACAGCAGUGGUUAUACCAAAAUCCGGUUCUGCAGAUGGGUACGGCAGUGGCAGAAACAACCCAAGCACCAUCUGGCAUCAAUGCAGGUAUGGGUAAACAAGCUGGGACCCAGCUGCCAGCAGUCACUUCAACGAACAACACCGUUUACACUGGAGCAGUGAAGAAGAAUAGGCCAGGUAUGUUGCCAACGACGCAAGUGAACCCCGCUAGUGCCGAAGCUUUGCAGUUCCCUGCAUAUUCACAGUCUUUGCCACCAAAUUCCUUUGUCCCACAAUUGACAUCCACACUCCAGCAACCAGUAGUGACGGGAAACAACUAUCCGGCUUUUCCCAUGGUGUCAUAUUGUACGGGAGCUCCGAUAGUAUCGAGUUUGCCAACCAUUGGGACCAAAGUCAAACAACCGAACAUUCCCACCGGCUACAAUCAACGAUGGGAACCAAUGCCCCCGCCAGUGAAUGCCAUGCCGUUCCCUGUUGCCCAUCCGAUUACGUCGAUGGCUCACAAUCAACCGAUGGAAUAUCAACCGAGAUAUCAGCAUCCGACGAACAACGACCAAGGAGCAGGAGAACACGACGGGAACUGGAAUAGAUUCCAACGUCAGCUAGCGGCCAGGCAAGUGGGUUAUAAGGAGUUACCAGUUUUCAAUGGCAAUCCCGAGGAUUGGUCGCAGUUUAUUUCCAGCUAUCGGAACUCGACCAGUGUUUGUGGCUUUUCGGAUUCGGAGAAUCUACUGCGGUUGCAGAAGUCGCUGAAGGGAAGCGCACUCGACGCGGUUCGGAGUAAUUUAUACGAACCUGCGUCGGUUCCACUGGUGAUGUCGAUGUUGGAGAAUUUAUUUGGAAACCCGGAACGACUAGUACAAGCCUUGCUGCAGAAAGUCAGAAGCACGCCCGCACCUAAACCCGAUCGGCUGGAGACACUUAUCAAUUUUGGUGUAGCGGUUCAGAACCUGGUGGGCCAUAUGAGGUCUGCGAAUCUACGGUCACAUCUGACCAACCCCAGCCUGAUGCACGAGCUUGUGCAAAAGCUUCCAGCAAAUUAUCGUCUUGACUGGUCUUUGUACAUGAGAAGAAUGGAUAAAGUGGAUUUGGAAGUUUUUUGCGACUACAUUUCGGUUCUUGUCUCGGCUGCCAACGAUGUUACGUUCACGUAUGAAGCUCCUUCGAAUAGAUCAACGAAACCGGAAAAGAAAGAUCGAGACACGGCCUUCAUCCACACUCAUGUUCAACCGCAGGAGGCACGUUAUGAUCGUUUCACCAAAAAGGAACAACCUCGGCCGCAGAACGAAUCAAAACCGUGUUUUGCCUGCCGUAGUACUACGCAUCGAAUUCGAGACUGCCUGGACUAUAAAGCGUUAAUCGUCCCCGAUCGUUGGAAGCUAGUGUCUGAGCACAAGUUGUGUCACAAAUGCCUGAUUCCACAUGGGAAGUGGAUUUGUAAAUCGAAACGGAGGUGUGAGAUCGUUGGUUGCGAUCUGGAACACCAUACCCUACUACACCCAGGCCAACCGAAGGAGAGCUCUUCAGCGACGAUUGCAUUUCAUCAGCAGAUGAAAUCAUCUACACUUUUUCGAAUUGUGCCGGUUAUUUUGUACAACGGAGCAGUCAAACUGCAUACAUUCGCCUUCCUCGACGAUGGCUCGUCGACGACGCUUUUGGAACAAUCCGUGGCGGAUCGGCUGGAUAUUGAUGGUGUUCAUCUUCCGCUCUGUAUGAUCUGGACAGCGAACGUGACUCGGCGUGAAAACAGCUCAAGAAAAGUGAAUCUGGAGAUUUCUGGAUUGCGCAGUGAAAAGCGUGUACCACUUCAAGGCGUACGCACGGUUGAAAAACUCGACCUGCCGGUGCAAUCGCUUUGCUAUGAUUAUUUGGUUCGACGAUAUCCCUAUUUGGGAAAACUGCCAGUGGAUAGUUACCAGGACGCAAUCCCGAAAAUAUUGAUUGGACUGGACAAUUUCAAGGCUGCAGUACCAGUAAACAGACGUGAAGGUCAAGCACACGAGCCGGUGGCGUUGAAAUCCAGAAUAGGAUGGACGAUUUGUGGCAACGUUAGUGGUUCCAGCAAGUGUUCGCAAGAACUGAAGGUUUCUCCGUCUUUGCACAUCGCUGAGUGUCCAGAGGAUAAAAAUGAGGCUGAUUUGCACGAUCUCGUGAAAGGAUUUUUCGCUGUUGAACGCCUGGGCAUCUCGGCGACCCCAGUCGCGCAAUCAGGAAACGAUCGACGAGCCGUGGAUAUUUUGAACAGAACCACUCGUCUUCGUGAAGACGGGCAUUACGAAACGGGCCUACUCUGGCGCUACGAAAAGUUUAGCUUUCCUCCGAGCCGUGGUAUGGCUGAAAGGCGGAAUCAAUGUCUGCAGCGAAAAUUGAGUAAGGAUCCCGAGUUACGUGUGAAGGUGAAUAAGCAAAUACAAGACUACUUGGCCAAAGGGUACGCUCAUAAAGCUAGCGAACAGGAGCUAAAUGAGUCAGACCCCUACAGAACAUGGUAUCUCCCAAUUAGCGUGGUCACCAACCCUAAGAAACCCGGGAAACUGCGCAUCGUCUGGGAUGCGGCAGCGAAAUCCGGAAACGUUUGUUUGAAUGAUAUGCUCCUGAAAGGUCCGGACAUGUUAACUGCGUUGCCGACUGUUUUGUACCGUUUCCGGCAAAGACAAGUGUGUGUUACUGGGGACAUUCGAGAAAUGUACCACCAGGUGAAAAUUCGACGGGAGGAUCAGCAAGCGCAAAGAUUUUUGUGGUCCGAGGAACCGAAUUCGCAACCAGAAGUGUACGUGAUGGACGUGGCCACGUUCGGUGCUACGUGCUCACCCUGCUCGGCACAGCACGUAAAGAAUUGGAAUGCUAAACGAUGGGAGGAGCAGUAUCCGGAAGCAGUCAAGGCCAUAAUCGAGGGCCACUAUGUGGACGACUAUGCGGAUAGCAGGGACACCCUGGAAGAAGUCGUUGAACUUACCCAAACGGUUCGUAUGAUACACUCGUCAGCAGGUAUGGAGUUAAGGAAUUUUCUAUCGAAUUCGAGUCAAGUUCUCUCCCAACUUGGACAAGAAUGUGUUACGGAACCGAAGCAAUUUAGCGACAAUACAGUGUACCAAAGCGAACGCGUACUUGGUAUGACUUGGUACCCAGACAGCGAUCAGUUCGGCUACAGAGUUCUGCUACGGGAUGAUUUGCAACAAUUGAUUGCCGGAAAAGUAGUUCUCUCGAAAAGAAUGAUAUUGAAAUUCGUCAUGAGUCUUUUUGACCCUUUAGGCUUACUUGCGCAUUUGUUGAUACAGGCCAAGGUGUUGAUCCAAGCGUUGUGGAGAAACUCUGUGGGCUGGGAUGAUCCAGUUCCACCGGAGAUCGAAUCACUAUGGACGAGAUGGUUAGAUGUGUUCCGAGAGAUGGAUGUAGUUAGAAUCCCACGUUGCUACUUCCCUAAUUAUGCGAAAGAUAGUUAUCAAACGUUGCAGAUGCACGUAUUUGUUGAUGCAGGAGAGAACGCGUAUUCAGCUGUGGCAUACUUCCGGAUAGUUGACUGUGGACAGCCUCGAUGUAUUUUAGUAUCUUCCAAGGCUAGAGUGGCUCCAUUAAAGCCGUUAUCAAUGCCCCGCUUGGAGCUGGAAGCAGCAGUAAUCGGUAGCCGAUUGUCUAAAUCAAUUGCCCAAGGACACUCUAUUCCAAUCAAGCAAAAGUUCUUUUGGAGCGAUUCCAGCACAGUAUUGUCAUGGAUCAAGUCAGAUGCCAUGAAGUACCGGCCGUACGUGGCGUUUCGAGUGGGUGAAAUCCAAGAACUGACCAACGUUGAUGAGUGGCGCUGGGUCCCUACCAAAGAAAACGUAGCGGACGAGGCGACAAAAUGGGGAAAAGGUCCCUGUUUGAAAUCGGAUAGUAGGUGGUUCAUCGGGCCAGAGUUCCUGUACCUUGCCGAAACGGAAUGGCCACAGAAGAUGGUUAAGCCAGUUGAGAUCGUCGAGGAACUGCGACCAGUACAUGCGCAUCGAGAAGUGAUGGACCUGUUGUACGAUUUAGGAAAGUUUUCCAAGUGGGAACGUCUUUUGAGGACCGUGUCGUUCAUGUUUAGUUGGAGGAAUCACGUAAGAAAAACUGGCCAGGUGAAAAUCAACUACGGUGGGCGAACUGAGUCAGAUUGACUUCCAGUGCGCUGAAAGAGCUCUAUGGCGUCUUGCUCAAAGUGAGGCGUACCCGGAUGAAAUCAUCAUAUUGAAAAAACUCAAGUCGGAUCCCAAAAACGUAAGCUGCAAGCUAGGGAAAACCAGUCCUCUUCGUAAGCUGUCGCCGUUUGUAGACGAAACGGGAAUAGUUAGAAUGCAGAGCAGAACCGAGUAUUCGCCGUUUGAUGCCAAGUACCCCAUCAUUUUGCCCAAAGGUCAUCGUGUAACGGAGUUGCUAGUAGAUUGGUACCACAGGAAAUAUGCGCAUAGUUACGGUGAGACCGUUGUGAACGAGUUGCGGCAAAAGUUCUACAUUUCCGAACUCAGAGCCGUUGUACGUCGGGUGGCGAAAGGAUGCUGUUGGUGUAAGGUGUACAAGGCGAAACCGGAAGCACCACGAAUGGCGCCUCUUCCGGAAGAACGAGUGACACCGGGAGGAAGGCCGUUUUCCAUAGUAGGCAUCGAUUACUUCGGUCCAUAUUCGAUCAAGAUUGGGCGAUCCAACGUCAAGAGGUGGGUGGCCUUAUUCACCUGUCUGGUGGUGAGAGCGGUGCACCUAGAAGCGGUCACAUCUUUGUCAACUGAGGCCUGUAAGCUUGCUAUACGCCGAUUCAUCGCACGCCGUGGACCCCCACUGAAGGUAUUCAGUGACAAUGGCACGAACUUUGUCGGCGCGAGUCGCGAGCUCCGGAACAAAAUUAAGAUGCUGAAUGAAGGGUUAGCUUCGACGUUCACGAACGCGGAAACCGAAUGGUUCUUCAAUCCCCCCUCCUCUCCGCACACGGGCGGUGCGUGGGAGAGGAUGGUGCGCACGGUGAAGGUGGCAAUGAAUGCACUACAUGAAUCACGUUCUCCGACCGACGAAGUCUUUGUCACUGUUCUUUGUGAAGCAGAAUCCAUAGUCAACUCCAGGCCUUUGACACACCUCCCCUUGGAAACAGCUGACCAGGAAUCUUUGACACCCAACCAUUUCUUGCUGCUUGAUUCCCAUGGUGCCAAACAAUCCGAAAAGCGUCCAACCAGCGAACGAGAAGCGUUGACCAGCGGUUGGAAUCAGUGUCAGAAGUUGCUGGAUAUAUUCUGGCAAAGAUGGGUGAAAGAAUAUCUCCCAACACUCAAUCGAAGGACGAAAUGGUACGAUGACGUGAAGCCUAUAGUACCCGGUGACCUUGUGUUCAUAGCUGAUGAUGGUAUUCGUAAUCGUUGGAUCCGUGGCAAGGUUGUACGUACAGUUCCAGGGAAAGAUGGAAGGACGCGUCAGGCAUUCGUCCAAACUGGAAACAUGGGAAUCCUGAAAAGACCGGUGGCGAAGCUGGCAAUCGUAGGCGUGAGAGAAUCGGGUAAAGCUGCAGGUCCGGAGCAUCUUUACGGGGCGGAGGAUGUUGCCACGGAUUUAACCAUGGAUAAGGUUUUGGAAGUUGAGCGUGUAGAAGGUGGAAAGAGAGAAGAAUAAGAAGAGGAAAUAGAACAGAGGAAGAGAAGCAUAAAGUAGAAAAUUGUCAGUUUAGUGAGGAAAGACGGAAAUUGCUAGCUAGUUUCAACGUGGUUCAGCCGGAGAUAAAUUUACAGUUUUAAAUUGCAGUUAAUUGUAUCGUGAAUUGCUUUUUCUAAUAACGAUUUGAUUCACCGUGAUUGUUACGAACAAAAUCGUUACGUUGCGUGUUGGCA